GCCAAAGCCCGGCUGAGCGGACACAGAUGCAGAGGAGGCAGCAUAUGUGCAAUUUUUGGGGUGGCUUCAGAAUAUAAAACAACGGCUGAAGAAUAGCAUAAAUGAUGUCUGCUGGGCUUCUGUAAACUUUCCUGACCUGAAUAAUGGAUAUAGUUGAAAGCUUCUAUGGUGUAUACCUACUAUACUGCCAGAACCCUCGCUUCAAGGGCCGCACCUACAUCGGCUAUACGACCGACCCCAACCGGCGGAUCAAGCAGCACAACAAGGGCCGGCAUGCAGGCGGCGCCGGCCGCACCAGCAACCGCGGCCCAUGGGAGAUGGCGCUCAUCGUGCACGGAUUUCCCAACAGCAUCGCCGCGUUGCGCUUCGAGUGGGCGUGGCAGAACCCGGCCCGCUCGCGCCGGCUGCGCCACGUGCCGGCCAAGCGGGCGCGCGAGGUCAAGUUCGACUACUGCCUGCGCGUGAUGGCGGCCAUGCUGCAGGCGGGCCCGUGGCGGCGGCUGCCGCUGACCGUACGCUGGCUGCGGCCCGAGUACCGGCGCCCGCUGCCCGCCGACUGCCUGCCGCCGCCGCACAUGCCCGUCGUCCAGGGCGCCGUGCGGCCGGCCAAGGCCAAGGAGCGGACGGCGGCGGACGGCGAGCGGCUGGAGUGCGCGCUGUGCGGCGCCGGCGUGCCCGCCGCCGACGCGCUGACCUGUCUCAGCCCGCGGUGUCCGCUGGUGGCGCACCUCGUCUGCCUGGCCGACGAGCUGCUGCGUGGCUCCGCCUGCCUGCUGCCCGUGGAGGGCGCGUGUCCUGCCUGCGGCACGUCCCUCCUGUGGGGGGACCUGAUCCGGAAGAAGAAUGGCUGCUACGAUUAUCUGGACAAUGAUGGGGCCGCCGGCGAGAGCGGGGAACACUGGGCAGACUGUCUUAGUCAGGAGUGUCCGGACUUGGAACAUUAGCAUUGCGUGAUAUUUAAGUAGACGAAUUUAUGCGUGUCAUUUUAUAAUGUUAUGCCAUGCGCUUUCGUCAUAUGUCUUGUAUGCUCAGUAGAGGUCAGUCCGUUUUGGCCUCGGCACACCUUAUCUCUUCUACUGGAUGCGUCACUUUGUUCCGGGUGUGCAUUUAUUUCAAAUUACAACAUUUGUCAUGCAGCAGUGCAUGUAGAGAAUGCUCCCGGAAUGUAACAAAACUAAACUAGUGCUGAGGCCCCUGAUUAUUUGUUUUGGAGGGGGAGGGGGGGGG